CUAAUAUUAAAACCCCUCUGUUUUUUGUUGUUGUCAGGAAGUGGCCCAAAAAGUUAAUAAUGUCCUAAACGCCAACAUGAUCUAACCGAAGGAAUUGGCGUUUCUAAACCACCAGGAUUUGGGUUUUAUUUUUAGGAAAAACGGACUUUCUUCAUUUUCUUUAGAUGUUUUCUUCUCAGCGACGAAACUGAAAAACCAAAACAAACAAGUGGGUCAUGAACGAGAAUUUUAAUCGAGCUCCCGGAGCUGGGAGAAGCCGAAAUCUUCCAGCAGACGCUGCACUCCAGAGUUCAGGUUGGGACAGCGACAGUCGCUUGACAAUUUUUAACCAAAGGGAACCUUUGAGACAGCCUCGAUCAUAUCCAGCUCCCGGGGAUUGCAACGUUAGCACGGCUACUGAAAAUGGCGCUGCAGGUGUUAGUGGAGACAGUAAAAGACAGAACACAGAUCAACACAAUGCCAUCAGCCCUUCAGUGUCUGUGGGGAGUCAUCAUUUCAAUUCCUUGGUUGAGUCGUCCAAGCUCUCUGCCAGCGCUCCAGAGUUUGUCCCAACCGCUGGGUACCAAAAUGACGCUUUCUAUGAGGACAAUGAUGACACUUGCAGUGCUCCGACCUUGGCUGACAUGGUGCGGGAUUUCCUAUGCCACCUGAGCUCCUCGCCGGGAAUGUUUGAGUCGGACGUUGAACACAUAACUAGCGUGCUUAAUUCGUAUGUUACGACCGUGCAGUUGUUGGCAGAACUGGUGGAGUUGAUCUACACAGAGUCCACCGCCAUCCCCAACUUCGCUUACACGGGCGCACGACUUUGCAACUAUCUGUCCCAUCAUCUCAACCUCAGCCCACCCGGCGGUAACUUUCGCCAGCUGCUCCUGCAAAAGUGUCAAAAAGAAUUUAUGCAGAGAGAUGUCGCUGUGCAAGGAGACCCUGAAACACAGAAAAAGUUCCACGCAUUUGCGCUCUUUCUUGGUGAGCUCUACCUUCAUCUGGAGCUGAAGAGUGGCAACGGAAGUGUAACUCGAGCCAACGUCCUCCUGCUGGCAUUGAAAGACCUGUUGAACUCGCUGCUCUCCAAUCCAGUGGACGCAAACAUCAUCUGUGCUGUCAAAUUGCUCAAGCUGACCGGCUCCGCCUUGGACGACGCGUGGAAAGAACAAGGCAAGACGACGUUCAUGGACGCGCUGAUCCAGAGGAUAGAAACCAUUGUACUGGAUGCCACGUGCAGUAGGGAUGUGCGGCAAAUGCUUCUAAAGCUGGUGGAGCUGCGCUCCAGUGACUGGGGGAGAGUGUGCGCCGCUGUGAGCAGCAAUGCUACGCCCGACAACGACCCCAACUACUUCAUGAAUGAGCCCACUUUCUACACAGAGGACGGAACUCCUUUUACAGCUGCAGACCCAGAAUAUGCCGAGAAAUACCAGGAGCUCAUGGAAAAGCAAGACUACUUCCAUGAUUUCGGUGGGGAAAAUGAAACUGAAGAUGAUGAAUACGACUUUGACGACGAGAUGGAUCCGGAGAUCGAAGAAGCCUUUGAGAGUUUCUAUUUGGAGUCAGAGAGGAAACGACAGCAAUAACACAAGGGGCCACUCCAAAAUUGUGAAGCGACCGACGCAAACUACUGUUUCAUAACCUCCGAAUAUUAUUUGGCUGCAUUUUAACAAAGCUGUUUAUAGAUGCAAUUCCGACGCUUUGUCUCCAGUCAGAGUAGAUUAGAAAAGGCAGACAAUCCAUGGAGUGAUACAUAAAAAUAAAAAAUAAAGCAGUUGGAAGGUUAGUUAUUUUGUCAUUGUAUAUUUCCAUUGGUUUUUGUUUUUCCAGAAGUAUCAUUCAGCCUUCUUGAAACUAGUUUAAGCCCAAAAUAAGCACCAAGAAGUAUAUGGAUUGCUGUGUCCUUUGUGUUUCUUACAAGUAUUCUGGUUUUGUUGCAAGUUAAAAAGUCGAGAGCAGGUGAGCAUGGGAAAUGUGUAAGUAUGUUUAAAGAAGCAAAAUGUCGCCAUCUGUCAGUGGCUCAAGUCCACUGCAUUAAGGAUCCGUCGUCAUCUGACACUCAAGGACUGUUUAUUGGCAACCACAGAGGCUGUCAAAAAGAACGUUCUUUUAUACUCUAUUGUGUGCUUAUGAUAUUUAUAGUAUUGUUUGCCUGCAAUUAAAUCUUUAUGAUGUGA